UCCCGUCCCUUGUUUCAUAAUACAUAGUUUUUCUCUCUUAACUAUUUUAUAUUAUACUGUGAUUUAAAUAUCGAUAAAAUUUGGUAUUAUAUAAUAUUUAGAUCGAACAUAUUGAUAAUUUUAUAAGAAAAUAUAAGUGUUUUUGUUUGUACGAAGGUGGAUCAACGUAUCAAGAUUAAUUCUGAUUAUGAAGAUUCUAAAUCUGUCGUGAAAGAGGUGAAGGGAAAGCACAGUGAAGUAGAGGUGAUGAACUGUAAAGGUAUUAGAGGGAUCAAAGCUAGAAAGCUAGAGACCAUGGCUGCCUCACAGUCGCAGCCUCCUGCAAUCAAGUUCUGGGCAGCUGCGGCCUUGGUCUUGGUAACCCUGCUGUGGGUUUGCGUAUUGCAGCUGGCAACGGUACUCAACGAGGAAAAUACAGUGUCAUCUUCGUUCUAUAAUCCCUUAUCGUCACCAGAAAGGAUUUAUAAGAACAAUGGAUAUCUGGUGGUUAUAGCCAAUGGAGGGUUGAAUCAAAGACGACUUGCUAUUGCUGAUAUGGUCGUGAUUGCAAGGUAUAUUAAUGUCACGUUUAUUGUUCCUCUAUUCGAUAAUGGAACUUAUUGGAACGAUAAAAGGGAUGAAGUUCGUAUAGUGGAAGAGCUUCCGCCAGAGCUAAAGAGAAGAGAGGAAUCAGAGUCAAUUUAUUCCAUGGUUCCCAUAAGUUUUGCCAGCUUGACAUAUUACUAUGAAAAGGUUAUUCCUCGAAUACAAAAGCGUGGGGUCUUGCAUUUCUCUCUAACUGACGCAAGGCUAGCCAACAAUGGGCUACCAGAUGAGGUCCAAAAGCUUCGCUGCAGAGUAAACUAUGAAGCAUUGAAAUUCACUCAGCCAAUUGAGCAAACAGGUAGAAAAAUUGUUAGUCUCCUCAGGCAAAGGGGACCUUUCUUGGUUCUUCAUCUUAGAUAUGAAAAAGACAUGGUUGCAUUUACUGGUUGUGUUCAAGGUUUAACUAAAGAAGAGAUCAGAGAGGUUACAGAAAUGAGGUACUUCUAUGAAGGGUGGAAGCAUAAACCGAUAGAUGCUAAAAGGAGGAGAGAACAUGGUUCUUGCCCAUUGACUCCCGAGGAAACUGCUCUUAUAUUGCAAGCAUUGGGUAUUGAUAGGAAUACCACAAUCUACAUAGCUGCCGGAAAAAUAUACAAUGAAGAAAAGAGAAUGGCAAACCUAGCAAUGGCCUAUCCAAAUCUGGUCAGGAAAGAGCUUGUAUUGGAACCCUCGGAUCUUAAGCCGUUCCUCAAUCAUGCAGAUCAGAUGGCAGCAUUGGAUUAUAUUGUUGCAAUAGAAAGUAAUAUUUUCAUUCCUACCUUUGGAGGAAACAUGGCCAAAGCCGUUGAAGGCCAUCGUAGAUACAUGGGAUUCAAGACAACAGUUGUUCUUAACAGAGCGUUUCUAGUCAGGCUGAUCGAUGACUACAAGAAAGGAAGGCUGAGCUGGGAUGAAUUUGCUCUACUAGUGAAGAAAUCUCAUGAACAUCGUACUGGGAAUCCAGGCAGAAGAAAGGAGAUUCCUGAUCAUCCCAGACUUGAAGAUUUCUUCUAUUCUAAUCCACAAGAAUGUCUGCCACCAAUUUCCUGAUCAACCACCAAUAAGUGCUACAUACUUAUAACCAUAGCUUUCAUUUUUGUGUGUCUGAUUUCAUUCUUUAUUUGGACAUCAAAUAUCUAUAAAUGUAGCCAUACUUUAAAUUAAAUGUGAAUAUACU